CUCCCUUUUUCUUCUGCUUUAUCCUUCUCUUUCAUUUUAAUACAGACUCAAGCUUUUCUCUCUGCAAUCUGUUCCAUGAGCUUCACUCCUUUCUAUUUCUCUCCUCAAUUCCCAUCUCUCGAAAGUGAAGUUGUUGUGAGGGGGCGGAGCUGGGAGCAGCCGGGACUCGACGGCGGUGGAAUAGACAUGGACUUGCGCCGGCAGCCACAUGCGGUGGAGUUUGACGUCGAUUUCUUCUGCCCCUUCGAACAUCCCAUGGAACCUCCGGAUGAAGAUCGACCUGUGAAAUGCCCAAUGUCUGCUGCUGCUGCUUCUUCUUCCAUCGAUUAUGGAAAGGGACGUGAAGGAAGAGUUGCCGCAGAGAGUUCACGUAAGAGAUCAGAGCAGCCAACGACGGUGAACAACGGAAUUGUGGGGAUGGCAAUGACGGAGGAGCCACCGAUAAGAGCUGUACGUAAAAGGCAUCACACACUCACCCGCGACAACCACAUAAAGACGGAGCCUUUUAUUACAAAGCCUUCUCUUCCUCCAAUUCCACCUCACACUCUUACCACCUCUCAAAUGCUUAAUAGAUUCGACCAAGUUUGAAUCAUUUGAGAAGAAACAUCUUCUUUCUCCAAACUCGUAAUGUUUUAGUUUCAAAUGCAUAUGGAGAACUGAGAAAAUCGAAAAUUUUACCGGGAAAAUCCUUGAAAUGAAAAUGUAGCCCAGGCUUCUAAUGUAGUA